AGUUUCUUUAUUUUUUUUGACAAGAAAUUGAAUCUUCUUUAUUACAAUGCUUGACAUUACGACACUUUUUAAGUGAUUCCCAUGUUAUGGUAUAGUAUACAAUUGAUUCUUUUCGAGAGCCUAGUGCUAUUGCUUAGGGCACUUUUGCUCACUUCAUGAUUUUUAGCGUUUGGUUGGAUCAAACCCAUGAUGGUAGCUAUGGCAAGCUCAACUGCAGCUCCAUUUUUGCUUACUUUCAUAUGACAUCUAUAACAGGGAGGAGAAGAGAAAUCUUAAAAAGCCUCACACCUCCAACCCUGGCCAAUAACGAGUUCUUGAUUGGCCAUAUUUGUGUCCUAUUUGAUCCACAACUGAUUAAAAUCUUUAUUCUCAGAAGUCAUUUUUCUCUUUGUUACGUAUCAUCACAAGAAGAACAGAAAAAAGUGCAAAAAUGAAAAUGGACAAAAAUAAUUUUUGGGACCCAAAAACCCCAAAAUAUAUGUGAAAAAAUUGUUUUUAUGUAAAAACAUCUUUGGUCAGAUUCUAUUUAUUACUGUUUACUUUAGCAUCGAGGAGAUAGAGCAUUCGCAGCCUUUUAACCCUGGCUUAACUUUUUGGCACCCCUUUUGAGCUGUAAAUUCGACGGGUAUCUGUGGAUGAUUGUCUUCCAAACCUAAUGGGUCUGGGUGUGAAGUUGUAUUAACUAUGUUCCCGCGCAGUUUUUAAGUGAUUUCAGGCUUGUAUUGGAUUCGGUUCACAACCCUGCGUUGCGCUUUGAACUAACAGAAAUCCUUUUGAGAAAGCAUGGUUUCUACCUGCCUUAUUUCAAGGUACCAUGACAACCUUGUCGUAGCACUGAGAAUUUAUGAUAACACGCCUAAGACCAAACCAGUGCAACCAGCCUUAACGUGUAUGUUGUGAUCCCAGAAAAAAAAUGCUUGGCAAGGUGCUUAACGAAGGCAAGAGUGUUACUGGACAGUCUUUUCGAAAGCACAGCGCAUGCUGAACAAUUUUUCUCUUAAUUGACAAACAGACUUCUUUCCGCCUAGCUAACCAUAGCAACACACUGAACCGUGUUUUUUUCUCAAAAAUGUUAUUCAUCUUCAGCUAGACGUAGUAUUUGAGCUUGACCAAGGAAAGUGUUACCAAAAUGUUCAGUAUCAGUACCAAAAAUUCCCUGUUCUUAUUUACAAUUGGGCGCAAAGGGCUCAUUUCAGCACAAUGCUGUGUAAGCGCACUUUCGAUUUGUGCAGAUUUUUCAACGUUUUAAAUGCCGUGGUUGGCUUGGAAUAUACGCAAAUAAAUUUCCAUUAACCUGCUGUAAGGCCUUCAAACUUCAAGCCACCAGCUCAUCAAUAUUUAAUUUAUCCCAUACACUGGAAACACGGAGCGGUAGUCGUAAAUGCCAGAUCAGCAUUAAAGCAUGGAAAGAAAAUUGCUCCUGACUCUCUAUAUUAUGGUGUCUCUAACAUUGCCCGGAGUGCACCUUCAGAAUGCCGAUUCGGAAGGUACCGCUGAAGCUGAAGGUGAAGCAGAAGUUGAACCAAAGGCUGAGGCUGAAGGUGAAGCAGAAUCGCAACCUGAGGGAGGGCUAAAAGUCUAUGAAGGAUGCUAUUCCACCAAAGGUUGCUUUGGAAUGCCAGCAGAUUGCGUUUCAACAGGAUCAUGCACCCUUUUAGUGACGUACAAGACCAACGGGGGAAAGCUUGAUUUCGCCAUCAGUGCCUCAAACAUGCCUUCAGGAUCUUUUGCAGCCUUAGCCUUUUCCGAUGAUGGAAAAAUGGGCAACGAUUUGGUUCUGGCUUGUGUGGACGGGUCCAGCAUGUUAACAACAUGGAAUCUUCCACAGAAGAGCAACAUACCUGGAGUGGAGGGGAUCUCCUUAGAGUCUUUGGGAACCGAAAUUGAAGAUGGAUUCAAGACUUGCACAUUCACCUUAAAUGAACAGAUCACUGCUGCUCCUCCUGAUCAGUCUCCUGUUCAAUUCGACUUGAUCAACUCUCGUCAAUUUUUGCUAUUAGCCGCAGGGAGCAUGUCUGCAUCCGGGGAAUUGCUCACUUAUCAUUCUCAGAAUAAAUUGGCUUCAGCCGGUUCCGUGGCCUUGAAAUCCGUGGAACCUGUGGGAUCUGCCACCACUGUCUUAAUUCGGGUUCAUGGCGUGUUGAUGAUCAUUGCCUGGAUGGCCAGUGCUUCUUGUGGAAUGAUGUUGGCCAGGUAUUUCAAAGAAACGUGGAAAGGAUCUCAAAACUGUUUCGACAAAGACCGUUGGUUUGUCCUUCAUGUUAGCCUUAUGGUUGUCACCCUUGUGUGCACUCUCGUUGGUGGGACCAUAAUUUUCUCCGACAGAGGAUUUGAUCCAUUUCGAGCGGCUUUCCUAAAAGAGUAUCAGCAUCCAGUGGUGGGAGCGAUUUGCAUCAUUUUCAUGAUUAUCCAGCCCAUCAUGGCCUUCUUUAGACCUCAUCCCAAUGAGCCAUCUCGGCCUAUCUUUAAUUGGGCGCAUUGGUUUGUGGGCAAUGCAGCGUAUGGAUUCGGUUUGAUUGCCAUCUUGAUGGCUGGUGAACUCCCGGCCGCCUCGUUCCUACCCUCUGAUUCUUGGUCCUUAUUGAUCCUCAUAUUCAUUGGAGUUCACGUAUUGAAUCAUUUGGUCCUGAUUGUUCAACGAGCCUGGGCCAAAAACGCUACGGCCGUUGAAGCGGGUUGCGAUGGAUGUGAGGACGUUUUCAAUGGGAAAAAUGAUACAAAGCGAAAUGACUUGAAAGGCUCAGAUUGCCGGGUUGGGGCCGUCAUUAUCUAUGUUUUCUUCUAUUGGGUAUAUUCAGUGGUUAUGAUCGCUUUGAUCAUCUCUGCUACCGAAGGCAAGGAGGGAUUUUUUGAUUGCGAAUCAAGUUCGGCGGAAGCCGAGGCGGAAGCGGAAGCGGAAUGAUGUGAACUUUGUUAGAUUUGGGAGCAGAAGGUUGCAGUUGAGUGAAAGUUAAUAUGUUCCGUUGUGAUUACUGAAGUAAUCUGGCAAGCCCUUUUCGCAGGACAUGUGUACCUGAUGUGAACGUUGAACACUAAACAGGAUGUUACGUGGUGAUAGAAUCAAAUUUCAAAAGUAUGUCUAAUAGUCACCUGAAAUCACAAAAAGUAUGACACAAUCUUUUCGUUAAUUUUCAUUCUCCGGAUAUCGAAAUAAAUUUGGAUGCACAA